UCGCUCAGCUCAGCCCGCACGCAGUGACAGAUAGUUGUCGGCCGGGAGCUGGCUGGGGGGGGGUGGAGGGUGAGGGGGGGAGGCUAUCUCGGAAAUAAUCUGCCCACGCGUUAAGCUGCUUUAUCCCCGCCAAGCCUCAGCCGGACAGAGACUGCUGCACCAGUCAGGGGGGAGAAAGAGAGAGAGAGAGAGAGAGAGAGAGAGAGAAGUCGGAAUUGGAGUGGGAGAAAAGAAAAAGUGACACAAGGUGCGGAGGCAAGUUUUGAGAAACCCUCUGAGGCCGACACUUUGAGAAUCGGCGGAGUUGAGUCGGGAGCUCGGUUUGUCGCAUACAUGGAUGGAGACCUGACGGGACCCUGACAGACGGUCCUGAAGCUGAACCUGCUCCUGCUCCUGCUGCUGGUGCUGGUGGUGGUGGUGUGUGUGUGUGUGUGUGUGUGUUCAGUCUGGGAGGCAGGAGACAGAGUACACACUGGGAAUUUAACAACAGCGAGAAGCUGGCAACGGUGGUAUGGGCAUGGAAAACACCGGAUUUUGGAUAUUCCUGAUAACAACUUGUGUUGUUCCAGGAAUAAAUGGCCAGACCGUGGAGAUGGAUGAUGGGAAGGCGGGGUAUGUUGGCUCAAAGGUGGAUCUCCGCUGUCGGUUCAAAAACAGCUCCCCACCAGUCAAAAUCUCCCAGGUAACAUGGCAGAAACUGGUGAACGGCACCAAGCAGAACGUGGCGAUCGCCAACCCCUCCCUGGGUGUGUCCGUGGCCCCGCCCUACAGGGACCGCGUUACCUUCAAGAACGCGGCGGUGAGGCGACGAACUCCGACCCUCGAAGACACCACCAUCACCUUCUCCUCGCUCCGCCUCUCUGACGAGUCCACCUACAUCUGCGAAUACACCACGUUCCCUGCAGGGAACCGAGAGAACACAGUAAACCUCACUGUCUAUGUUCGCCCAACAACUCAGAUGAGUCUGUCCACACCGACACUGGUGGCUCGUUCAUCCAAUUUGAAAACGCCUGUGGCUACCUGCAUCUCUGCCAACGGAAAACCACCUGGUACCAUCAGGUGGGAGACAAGGGUGAAGGGAGAAGUGACCACUCGAGAGUACAAAAACUCAGAUGGGACGUUCACUGUUCAGAGUGACUACAUCCUGGUGCCCAGCAGAGACACGCAUAAGGAGACGCUCACCUGUGUCACCACCUACAACGAGGAGGUCUUCACUGACAGCGUCACCCUCGAUAUCCAGUAUGAGCCAGAUGUUUCAGUGGAUGGGUUUGAUGGGAACUGGUAUCUGAACCGAGAGAACGUCCAGCUGAGCUGCCAGGCUGAUGCCAACCCGGCCGUCUCUCUGUAUCAGUGGAGACUGAUUAAUGGCUCCAUACCGACCAAUGCUGAGAUCCGAGACAACAUCCUAACCUUUAAAGGGCCGGUCACAUAUGACCUACAAGGUACCUAUGUGUGUGACGCAACCAACAGCAUUGGGACACGGUCAGCCUCAGUGGAGGUCAGCAUUAUAGAAAAGCCUCUACCGCAGAUCGCAACAAGCGAUGUCAUCAGUGUAAUUGCCUUAUUACUGGCAGCUGGAGUGCUGAUGGGCAUUACUAUCACAGUCCUAGUGCUCAAAAUAAGAAGUAGAAAAGACGACUCCUCAAAUGAUUCCCCAUCCAGGAAAUUGUCCCAGCCGAUAAGGAAAAGACCAGGAGAUGAUAUCCAGCAUUCAGGGCGAUUUUAUGAAGAGCUUCCAAACACAGCGGACUAUGUAAGCUACAGACUGGCCUGCAACAAGGAGGACUAUCCAGAGCCCUACUCCCCUCCCAUCAACCCUCCCCUCUCGUUUCUGCCCCAGCACCCGUACCACUCCCCACAAACAACCACUGCAACCAGCAGCAGCAGCACCACCACAUCAAAGAACACCUUCUCUCCUCCCUCACACACCACAGCCAUCUUUAAAUACCCCUCAGUACCGGGCCUGUCCUCUCCUCCCCCAGGAGUGGCGGCGUACACUUUUCCCAAAGAACAGUACGUCUGAACCGACAUCUCGUUACAAACUCAAACCUCGUAGGUGAGCUUGGAUGAAAACAACCCAAUUCAAACCUGAACCUUUUCCUGAGAGGAGGUUUGGAAAAAUACACUGAACCCUAGAUGAUCGGGAUUCAUCUCUGUACCUCUGUGGAUGGCUCUGAAGGUCAAAGGACAAUGCAGCUUUUGUUGUUGGACUUGGAAUGAAGUCCAGUUUUAAAACAUUUUCUUUCUUCUGUCCUGUCUUUUACUGUGGCAUCUAUUCUUUGAAAAGGGAAGAUUGUUGAACCAAUGUUUCAAAUGUUUGCCAGCAAGUUAAAGCUUUAGGUUAGAGGAAGGUCAAGGUAAAGAUGAUAUGACUUUCAUUGGAAUUAGUAUAUAUUGCAUGGAUGUAUUACAUUGGAAAAUACUUCAAACAGAGUGGAUGGUAUUAUCUCUUCAUGUUGAUGUGGUUCACUCCUUAAUCCUCUCUGGUAUCAUUUUGUAAAAAAAAAAAAAAAAAAAGCAAAGAAAACAAAAAAUGAUUUUGCUUUCCUACUCUAUCUCUAAUGCCCAUUCUGUCUUCGUCCUGCGUUGUGCACACCAACAAUUCCUUUACUGAGGAGCAGAAUUCACCUUCAGCUUCUGUCCUGAUUUAAUACUUUGACUGUGCUUGUAUUUUGUAUCAUUUAUGUUUUUCUUUGCAAAGAAAAAACAACAUUUUUAUUUACUGAAGACAUUUUGUCAAUUUCUGAAAUUGAUGUUUUUAUCUGUGGUAUCUGUGGGUUUUAGUAUUCAUUGACACUGGUUGUUGAAUGAACCUUGAAUUUUUAGAAUUUAAAUAAAACUGAUCAUGUAAACUUG